GGCCGGGGCUGGAGAAGUUUGCGCGGCGGCUCGAGAGCGCAGGGUGCGGGCCCCGCCGGCCGCUGCGCGCCCGCUGCCAUGGCUUUCCGCAGGAGGACGAAAAGUUACCCGCUCUUCAGCCAGGAGUUCGUCAUCCACAACCAUGCGGACAUCGGCUUCUGCCUGGUGCUCUGCGUCCUCAUCGGGCUUAUGUUCGAGGUCACCGCCAAGACUGCCUUCCUAUUUAUUUUACCUCAGUAUAACGUUAGCGUGCCUACAGCAGACAGUGAGACCGUGCACUACCACUAUGGGCCGAAGGACCUGGUCACCAUCUUGUUCUACAUCUUCAUCACCAUCAUCCUGCACGCUGUGGUUCAGGAGUACAUUUUAGAUAAAAUCAGCAAACGGCUUCACCUCUCCAAGGUCAAACACAGCAAGUUCAAUGAAUCUGGACAACUGGUCGUCUUUCAUCUCAGCUCAGUGGUUUGGUGCUUCUACGUGGUGGUGACGGAAGGAUAUUUAACAAACCCAAGAAGCCUCUGGGAAGACUACCCACACGUGUACCUCCCCUUCCAGGUGAAGUUUUUCUACCUGUGCCAGCUGGCCUACUGGUUGCACGCACUGCCUGAGCUGUACUUCCAGAAGGUACGGAAGGAGGAAAUCCCCCGCCAGCUCCAGUACAUCUGUCUGUACCUGGUCCACAUAGCGGGAGCAUACCUCUUAAACCUGAGCCGCCUGGGCCUGAUCUUGCUGCUGCUGCAAUACUCGACUGAGUUCCUCUUCCACAUGGCUCGACUCUUCUACUUUGCAGACGAGAACAACGAGAAGCUGUUUAAUGCCUGGGCUGCUGUGUUCGGGGUCACCCGCCUCUUCAUCCUCACACUUGCCGUGCUGGCCAUUGGCUUUGGACUCGCUCGCAUAGAAAACCAGGCCUUUGACCCCGAGAAAGGAAACUUCAACACCUUACUCUGCAGGCUGUGUGUGCUGCUGCUGGUGUGCGCCGCCCAGGCCUGGCUCAUGUGGCGCUUCAUCCACUCCCAGCUGCGCCACUGGCGGGAGUACUGGAAUGAGCAGAGUGCCAAGCGGAGGGUCCCAGCGGCCCCCAGACUGCCAGCCAGGCCCAUCAAGAGGGAGUCUGGUUACCAUGAAAACGGAGUAGUGAAAGCGGAGAAUGGGACCUCCCCACGGACUAAGAAACUCAAGUCCCCUUGAGGCCAAAGUGCUGGAACAGGGAUGCUCACACGGGGGCGCGGCAGGGAGGUGGGAGCCUGGCCCCCCGCCAUCGCCUUCCCGUCCUGCUCCUGACGCUCCAUCUCAAGCAGCAGGAACCUGUCUUCAAACGGGGCUUUGCCUUUCUUCUUGGCUUUCUCUUCUUACUCUUCGAUAUACCGUUCUCAAUAAAACCAAAACUCUCCCUUCUCUCCCUCAAGCCACCUCACGUCCUCACCUCUGUCCUGUGUUGGGUUUUCUAGAAGCCCAGGCGCUCAUGGCUCACUAUUUGCUUGCCUCCUCUUUCUCUUCCUUCACAGCUGCUGCUUUUUACUUCUGUCACUGUAUUGUGCAAUUUUUCUGUGUCUGAUUUUUACAAUGAGAGGGAGCUCAAGUUGUAGUCCUGGCCAUCCACCACCCAGCAUCAGUCCCCAGGACCUGUCAAAGCCAGAAGCCUCGUGCCAAGGAGCCUCCGCCUGGGGCUGGUAGCAGGCCCACCGGCGGGCCCCGUGUUCGGGCGAGGAGAGCCCUCCUGGAUCAUGAUCUCCCAGGUGCUGAUUAACUGAGAUGUAUGAUUCCAGCUCCGCACACACCAGCCGGAGGCCCGGCACAGCCACUGCUGCUUGGAGUUGCCAGGGCAUUUGGCCGUGGGGCAUGGCGACCUGGUCCAGAAAGAUGGUGUUAAGCGUGUUGGGUCCCGUGACUCAAGACGGCUUAUCGGUGGCUGGUCCCGGAUGGGGGCCAGCCUGCCCUCGCCCUGCUGGGGAGAUGCUGAAGGAGGACAAGUCUUCCCACCCUCUAGAGCAAGAACAAAGCGUACGGAGCAGCAGGCCCUUCUGGAAAGGCAACGGCAGCAGCGGUGACGGAGCGGUUCGCCUCAGCCUUCCUUCAGCCCCAGCUGCAGCUGCUUUUUGAACCGUUCACUAGCAUCCAAAACCAAAUCAAACCACAGAGAACUGACCAGCCUGGCGGACGCUGGUCCUCGACCCCAGACCCGGGCAGCCCUGUCAGGGCCCCCCUGUCACCCGACUUCAUCUCUCUAGCGGCGGGAAUGCCGAGCCCCCUGCUGGCCCCUGCUGCCCCAGGGAGGGCCACACGCCGCUUCCCCUCUGGCCCUGUCUGUCGCGUGUUCUUCGGCAAGCUCAUUGUCCUCCUCUGAUGUUUGUCCAGCGUGUUAGACUGUCCGGGCAGAGCAGACACCACGGUGCCAGGGGGAGGCCCUGUCCCUCACGUAGCCCUUCCCUCUGCUCCACCCGAAGACGAGGCCUCCAUGUCCACGUGGGCCCUGGUGAUGACUUCUGGAAGGGGUUCGGCUUUCAAACAUCCUAAGUCAAGAAUGCCUUAAUUCUGCUUCGAGGCGCCGGGGAGUGAUUCUUGGGGGGCAGAGAAAUGUUAGUGUCUCUUGAUGUGCUGGUCCUCUUUCUGACACCAUGGUAGAAGCCAGGCCGUGGGUGAUUAUCCUAAAAAAGGGGAGAUGGGUCUUUUCAGCAGGGCAGCUCUCUCUCCUCCACGUCACUUUUAUCAGCGCUAGACUGGAUUUUCCAGUGACUGAGGGCACUGUUCCCUAGCUAGCACCAGCAGACCCUCCCCUCUCUGUCCAGGAUAAGGUAGAAAUGGGAAAAGCCACUCUUGGCUCUGAUUACCCUGAGGAAGUGAGGCGGCGCUGUGGAGACGCGCAUCUCCCAUCCUCGUCUGCUGCUGCUCUGGGCUGCAGAGCAGAACGUUGCUAAAAGGGUACUUGGAAUCAGCCCCGAAGCCCCAAGCCAGGAGCCCUUAGCCGCUCUGCCAAAUACCCUGCUGAGGCUGUGGCUGUGUGGCUCCUUGCGUGGAGAUGGAGGGGCAGCCAGCCAGCAGUCUCCCCGCUGCCUGUCAGCCUCGCUGCCCCUCCCAGUCCUUUCCUGGCAGGGUCUCGGGCAGUGACCUGCCUCCUGCAUGGGGUCACUCCCUCAGGUGAGCCCGUUAGACUUGGGUGGGUACCUGGUAGGCUGCAGGCAUGCCAGCAGGCACCCUCUUUCUCACAUGGGUGUUUUAGGUGUUUGUGGCUAAGGACCGCAUGGCUGCGCGUUCCUGAGCCUCCUGCGAGCUUCUGGCUUAGUGGAGGUGGUCCCACCGCUCCAGUGGCCAGGGCCAGCCUAGGCUCCCUGAGGCUGUAAGGCUAGCAUGUCACUAGCUGGGUCUCCGGGAUGAUUUGAGGGGAGAGGGGACGAGAGUAAAGUCGGGGUGCUUGGUCACCCCCCUGGCAUCCCUGCCAUGUUUAUUUCAGAGCGGAUCCCGGGCUUUGGCAGGCUGGCUCAAAGCAUGUUGCCGAAAUAACUCCAUCCUGUGAGCUUGCUGUGCUGGCUGGUCCUGAUUUGGCCACUUUGGCUGCCAUCUUCCAUCUUCAACACCCUCUCCUGUUCCAAAAGUACCAAGCCAGCUGUGAAGGCCCUGCCAGACAGCUCUGAGUGUGAGAGGCUGGCUCAGCCACGAGCAGGAGAACAGAUGCUAAUCUACCUCAGCCAGCAGCCGCCUCUCCCUCUAAACAUCCCUGGCUGGCACAGAUGUGGCAUGUGGCAGUGGGCAGGAGAGGCUGGCUCUGUGGACGGGAGGGCCCGGCGCUGCUCGAGUUCAGUGGUGGGAAUGUUUUUACCAUCCGGGCUCUGAGAGCUGCACUAUUAAGUGACAUGUGUUCCUUUUGAAGGUAGGGGAAGGUUCUAGAGGAAAGGGAAGCAGGCUGAGUCAGGAGGGGAGCUGCUUCUCCCCCAUUCUAGUCCAUUCUAACUGUGUGUGUGUCCAUGUCCGCUUGCCCCAACAGAUAUACAUGGUUGCCCAGAACCUUUUCUGUUUGUCUUACUGACAUUUCAGAAACCAAAAUAGACAUCGGUGCUCUUGCCACCUUUGCAGAUACUGCUCUCAGAUCCCUGGAGGCCUGGAAACCCCUGAAGCCUGGGUGGGGUGUUCUCCCAGGGGGUGAGCAUCUGAGUUUUCUUUACGGACCCUCUAUGUUAGCAGCCUUUGACUUUUUUUCCUCUAAGUGGUGAAUGAGAGGUAGGGGCAGAGGGUACACCCCCUCCCAAGACUCCACAAUAGAAAAUUCCACUCCCUGGAUGCCUCCUUCACUCUGAAGUGCCAUGCCAGGCCCCACGCAGCUAGGGAAGGCUCAGCCUGUGGGUUUGAGCCUUCCCUGUCGGUUUUUUCUGGGCCUGGACGAACUCCCUCCCCUUGCUGAGGGCCUUGGAGACCCAACUGAGCAGACCUGGUCCGAAAUGGAGGGUGUGCUGUGGGCCUGGGAGGCGGGACGACAGAGUGGUCUUUCUCCCCUCCCCCUGCCUCCUGGCCCACAACCCAGCUCCUCAGAAGGGCACUGGGUCAUUGUCUAGCUGUGUGACACUUAAAAAGAAUCCCUUCUUUAGCCCGAGGCUGGCCCAGUGAGGACGCCUUCACCAGCUUCACUGUCGUUACCCUGGGUCUCUCCUCCACUGCUUCCCCUCCACUCCCAGCUUUUACAGGGAUCUCAGAAACAUUGGGACUUCCACGUUCCGUGCUGCCCUGUGCUCAGCGACCCCCAAGAGAGUUUGUCCUGAGCAGACCCUCCUCCUUCCUGGUAAGAAGUGCCUUACUUGCCGUGUGGUCUUCCGGCCUUGGCUUGUGCUGUGUGGUGCCAGGUGCCAGGCCUCUAGGGUCCUGUGCAGCCAAGGACACUGGACUCGGGUGUGUCACAUGUAAAAGGGACACGGAUUGUGACAGUUUGGCCUCACUCAUCUCAGUCCCCUCCCCCUGUCGUGUUGGGGUGUGUGGUCUGUUCUAGGUUUGUUUCUGGUUUCUCCUUUGUGUGGGUUUUCUGGCCCACGGGGGUGGCCGUAGAAAGCGGGAGGGCCGACGGCAGUCACCUGUGCCUCCUACCUGUGGAGGGAAGCCUGGUGGCCUCCAGGGACAUAAGUGCCCCAUGAGCCCUGCUCUGCCAGCACCCCACAUCCCAGAUUAAAAAGGAAGGUGCCCUGGCUAUAACCUUUUCCAAUCUAUUUUGUCUCUGAUUCAACCCACAGUUUCUUUGGUAAAGGUGUCGGUCACAAGUGUCAGUCCAUUUGACAGCAGGCCUAGUUUGGCUGUUGCACAAUCUCCUCCCGCUCCUAUCUCAGUGUUACCUACGUUCGCAGCGGCUGCCUGCCGACCCCUGCUCUUCCGGGCUGUGCAAUAACUCCCCCAGCCGGUGGUCCUUCCACAGGCCUUGCUGUCCCCAGGCACCCCGCAGCUAGGGAGGGGAGGGACCCGUGGGAGGGCGGUCACCAUCCCUUACAGAACUGUGCGCCACGUCCCGUGUUACUGCCCGUCUCCUCACCCUGGUGGGUUCUGUGGCACUUGAAUAGAGCAUUGUAGCAUCACCUUACAAGUCCGUGUAUUGUUUUUUUAAAUCUGUUGAAAAGGAAAAAAAAAAAUCCUCAUGAUGGGGCAUUAAGUAAG